AUUCGCUGUUGGUUUCUUGGAACUGCGAGUCCCAGCGUGCUUUGCGUCAGGCUGCUGUUGUUUUGGGACAGCUGAUUUCAAAGUGUGGGGACACAUGCACGUGUAAAACAUGGAGAUUACCAACCAGAGCCUUCAACAAGAGUCUUCUGUCAACUUUCUGAAUGUAGCUCACAGCUAUGUUCCUAACACCAAGGUGGAAUGUCACUAUACACUUCCUCUCGGCAUGAAAACUUCCACCAGUGACUGGAUUGGCAUCUUCAAAGUUGGAGCUGCUUCUAUUCGUGAUUACGAUACCUUUGUUUGGACACCGUCUCCUGAAACCUCUGGUGAAAGAAAUUCCCUUCAAUGCAGUGUCCAGUUUCAAGCUUAUUACUUACCACGGCCUGGGCAGCAGCAGUACCAUUUUCGAUAUGUGGAUCGAUAUGGUAUUGUGAGAGGAUGUAGUGAACCCUUUGUAUUCGGUGACCCAGGGCCCUUGGAAGACUUGGUUACAUUGGAGGAUGAGGAAACAUCCAUGGACAUGCUUCUGGUAGUCCCAAAAGCCACGUUACUGCAGCGUCAGCUGGAAGAGUCCCAGCAGGAACGGAAUGCUCUGAUGAGGGUCCGACUUGAAUUAGAGGAGGAAGUGAACACCCUGCAGAAAAAAAUCGAUAAUCUUGAGGCAGCUCUGAAGGCUGCUGAUGAGAAGUCCAAUCUUCUUUCUCAAAAACUGAUGUAUGCUUCAUUGAAAGAUGAGUUAGUGAAGAAGGAAUAUGAGAUACUUAGCUCCCGAGAGAAUGAACACCGUGGUCGGAUCGAGCAGUUGCUGAAUGACAUUGAGGAUAUGAAGAAGAUUGUGCUGGACAAAGACAAAGAGAUUCACAAUUUGAAGGUGCAGAAAUGUUCCAUAGAGGAAGAAAAUGGAAAAUUAAAGCUACAUCUAGGAGAUGCAACCUCAGAGAAGGAACACUGCCAGUUGCAGGUAGGCACCCUGCAAGAGAAGCUCCGCAGCACAAUGGACGUGCUCUCUUCCAACCAGCAAAAAGUGAUGCUGUUGAGUGAAGAAUUGGCUACAGCAUCUUCCGUUCGAGAUCGCACCAUCUCAGACCUGCAUAAAAGCCGCCUUGAAACUGCGGACCUUGCAAUCAAAGUGUCUGAUCUGAGCUUGAGGUACAAGGAGGGACUGGGGCAGUGGUGGCAGGAGAAGACCACCCUCAACCACAGCCUGGAGGCCAAGAGGGACCAGAUUAUAAAUUUGAAAGCAGAAAAACACAGCUUGGAAAGCAGCCUACAGGAUGAAAGAUACAAAAGGCAGGCACUAGAGAGCAAAUUGAACCAGGAGAAAGAUGCCAGUCAGGUGCAGCUGUCAGAGAGCAGACGAGAGUUAAAUGAGUUGAAAUCUGCUCUGAGAGUUGCACAGAUGGAAAAGGAGCAGCAAAGAUUAGCAAGACAGGAUUUAAUGCUGUAUGUACGUAGACUGGAGGAGCGUUUGGAUAAACUUGCUGACGAAAAGUGGAAAGAAGACAAAAUGCUGGAGGAAGAGCCAACAGGGGGUUUAAGCCAAUCUAGCUCACCAGCUGCUCUCUCUGACUCAGAGGAGGAGUCUCCUGAAAUGCAGAGACUUCCUAACCAACUUGGUGCCUGCAGAAUCAGUGACCAGCAGUGUUCUUCUACCCAGUUUCCAAAAGAGCUUCAGAAAGUUGUGAUCAAUCAGCCAGCACCAAUUGCUUGCCAGCUACAACCACUGCCAGAGGACAGCCCUGACUCUUGGUAAAAUGCCAACACCAAGCUGACCAAAAGGAGAACUGCAAGCCUGUGGAAGUUUGUAGAAAAAGAUGCACCAUGCAAAAUGAAAAGAGGCACUGAAGAAAAGGCUUGACGCUUGUAGUGCCCUCACCAGCUCUUUAUAAUUAAGUGGCAUUGCACACUAUCACCUACCUUUCAAAAUCUAGCUAUAGUAAGCUGAGUGACCUCUGAUUACGUACUUACUGCUACUUCCACCAAAGCCAUUUGGAUUACUUAAAAUUCUACUGAACAUUCCCAGUAUGACUUGUUAACCUGAGGUAACACUUAAGUGCCAACUUCUCAGUAUGCUGUUUCAAUUUCUUUGGUUAUUCUUCAACUAUUAUACGUAGGGUUUGAACACCAGUUUGUAAGUAUUGUAUGAAUUUUGAGUUAUAUUUAUUUAUCAUUUCUUUAGUGAGUCAGACGUCAUGAUAAAAUAUCCCUUGUUUUGAAUUGUUUGUGCAUCUCUUGCCAUUUAAUAUGCUGUACUCCCAAUGACUGUUUUUCUGGAUGGAAAGUAGCACGUAAAAGAAUAUUGAUUUUAAAUAUGUUAAGAUUUACUGAAAUGCUUCAUAAUCACUGGCCACAAAACCUGUUCUGCUAAAUUGAAACUGAUGAGUAGGCUCAGUGGAGAUGAGUACAUUGCAAAAUCCUCUUAUUUUUGUUUCUUGGUAAUAGUUUUUAUUAUGGUUACCAAAUACCAGCUCUAUAUUGUUCUAAAACUAACCAAUUGAAUUAGAGAAAAGGUUAAGUUGAGGUGUGCAGUUGAAUUAAAAGGGAAACUCCAAAAACGCAUAUUUUAUAAUGCAUUAAUUAAUUAUUGGCAUUUGCAGCAAAUGAAGAUCCACCCCUUUUUGCCCAGCACUUAGUCCUUGUUAGUGCUGGACAUUGUACAAUCAAAUGUUCCCCAUAGACAAGCACUGAGGACAAAUCUGCAAUCCAAAGCUUCUCAGAAGGAGGGGUAGAUUUAUUAAGAAAUACAAAAAUAAAGAAUUUUACUGUAGGGCUGCAUGAUUUCAAGUGCUACAUUUCUGUUUCCGUUAAAAUGAUAAUUUGCUAUAUAAAGCUAUUGUGAACUAUUCUUACCAUUGGUUGAAUUUAAUGGAGCUAUGUUCCACAUUAGCUGUAUAGCAAUUGGUUGUCUCACUAUCCGAUUGCCCAUCAGACAUAUAUUAUACCUCUUGCCAGCCACAGUGAGAAUGUCACCGAACAUGAUGGGAAUUGUAGUGCAGCAAGACUGGCAACUCCUGGCACUAAAUCUGAUGGGACCUAAAUUCCCAAUAGAUUGGUGGGGGUUUGGUUUGUUUUUAAUUCAGACCCCAGAUAUAAAAAAUCAGAAGUGGUAUAAGUCUUUUUUUUUCUUUAUCUAGGAGUUAGAGCAUACACUUGCCUGAGGGUCGGGCACUAGAAGAUUUGACACUGUAUUUAGAGGUACACCUACGUUAUCUGUCACCUGGAGUGAAAAUGUAAAUUUCCCAGAUCCCCAUCCUGAUCUGUAUUUUUACACAUGCUCACAUUCAUAUAUACAAACAUAAACAUUCAUAUACACAUACUUUAAUUCAUAUUCACAAACUCACAUCCAAACACACACAUGCAUAUUCACACAGACACACUCAUAAAUUCAUAUGCACGCAGACAUAUUCCCACUUAAUGACACACGCUCAAAUUCAUAUACACAUUUAUAUUCAUAAACACACACAUGUACAUAUACUUGCAUUCAUAUAAACUCUUGCAAACAUUUGUUUUUUAUUAAGGCUUUUAUCCCUGGUGUCUAGUGCUUUGCUGCUGGGAUCAGUCUGUGCACUGAAUGCCUGUACUGAUGCCGGGCUGGGGUGAUGUUACAUCCGAGCAUUCUUACAGGGCGUCAAGGGAGC